AUGUCGAGUCGCGGUCGGUCAAAUAAAGGCAGUAACGAAGGUAAUGAACGUGGUACAAUUAGUGGUGUGCAAGUGGUGGUCACCAACGAAACGGUCGAACCGGAGGCAUCAUUUCCAGGCCAGUCAUGCAGAGUUUGCCGUGGAAAGGACACCGAUGAAAUGGUGAGGUGUGAUCAGUGUCUGAAAUGGUUUCAUUUUAACUGCGUAGGAGUUAGCCAAGACAUUGAGAACAAGCCAUGGAAGUGUCUAAACUGUGUUAAGUUGCAACUAGUACCAGAUACCCUUUCAUCUGCAAGCAACACACUUUCUGUGCUGGGUGGUGCAAGAAAGAAGAAACCAGUGGAAACAGAUGGCGAUCCUGUUGCAGAUCCUCUUCAGCACAACGACUCCAAGAAGAAACAUCAGUCUAAGGAGGGCAACGUGAAAGCGAAGUCAAUGGUAACUCAUGCGUCAAGCCAAGCGUCUAGCAGAGCAUCACAAACUCUCGCCAAGCUAAAGCUACAGAAGCUGGAGGAGGAAAGGACCCUGAACGAGAAAAAGUUGGAGCAGGAACAAAUCUAUCUGGAGGAAAAGUACAAACUACUGGAGGAGAUGGCUAGCGAAGCUGGUUCGAACGCGAGUAGCGUGUCGGACGUCGUAAGAAACUGGCUCCCACAAGCGCAAUCAAGUCAUCACUCACAAUCGGAAAAUCAACCGUUGGCAGUUCACCCCCUCGAUGAUUCCCCUAGAACCAAUAAUGGCAACCAUCAACCCAGACCAUUCGCCGAUGGACAACCGGAACGUGAAGAAGAUCGCUUCUCGCUAACAAGGAAACAAUUAGCGGCGCGACAGGCUAUUUCCAAGGAUCUGCCCCAGUUUUCCGGCAACCCUGAGGAUUGGCCUCUAUUCAUCGCGACGUUCAACAACACAACGGCCAUGUGUGGCUUCACUAACGACGAGAACAUCUUUCGACUGCAGAAAAGCCUGAGAGGACGAGCCUUUGAAGUGGUGAAGAGCCGGUUGGUACACCCUGCCAAUGUUCCUGGUGUGUUGAAGACGCUGAAAAUGAUGUUCGGUCAGCCAGAAGCCAUCGUUCAAACGCUCAUCGAGAAAAUUCACUCCCUGCCGGCCAUAAGAGAGGAUAGGCUAGAAACUCUAGUGGAUUUCGCUGUAAAUGUGGAGAACUUCUGCGCGACCGUAGACGCCUGUGGCUUGGAAGAAUACCUGUAUAACACGACCCUCCUACAUCAGCUUGUGAGCAAGCUACCUCCAACAAUCAAGCUGAACUGGGCGCAGUACAGGAUUUCACUGCCGGGAGUCAACUUAGCAUCUUUUAGUUCCUGGAUCUAUUCCCUCGCGGAGGCCGCUAGCAUAGUGACUAUUCCAAGCAUCACGAGCUCCAAGCCAGUAAGGAAUGACAGAAGUGGAACAAAGAAAGGAAGUGGCUUCGUGAAUACUCACUCGGAAAUCACUGCAGAACCUCCAAGUGGGAAGAAUUCCAGUGCUAGUAACGAGUGCCCCGUCUGUAAAGGAGCUUGCAAAGCGAUUGACAAGUGCAAGCGCUUUCUUGAAUUCUCUCGCGACUCACGUUGGGCUAUAGUGCGCGAAUAUUCACUGUGUCGCCGUUGCCUCUGCCGUCACAAUGGAGUGUGUCAGGCCAAACUCUGCGGAAAAAAUGGAUGUCAGUUCAAGCAUCAUACUCUCCUGCACAACGACCAUUAUCAACAAUCGUCGCCAGCUACAUCAGCGACGUCGCCAUCUUCAACAACAGCACCCUCGACGAGUGGCAGUACGGAACAUCCCAAAACAGGAACUAGUUCAACAGCGCACGGUUGCCACACGCAUCAAACCAAAUCAAGCGACAUACUGUUCCGUUAUAUUCCGGUAGUUCUGUACGGAAAACGUGGAUCGAUCCGAACACACGCAUUCCUCGACGACGGCUCCGAUCUUACAUUGCUGGACGAAGAGUUAGCUGACGAACUAAAGCUGGAUGGAGAAGUCAGGUCGCUUUGCCUACACUGGACCGGCGGCACGCAGCGUCAAGAAGUGAAGUCAAGGGUCGUCGAACUGGAAGUAGCCGGUGUACACAGCGGAGCCAAAAGUUUCACCAUCAGUGGUGCACGAACAGUAAACGAACUUCUGCUUCCGUACCAGACGAUGGACAUCGAGGAACUAUCAUCUUUGUACCCGCAUCUGCAAGGGCUUCCGAUCGACUCAUACCACGGUGUUCGGCCACGGAUCCUGAUUGGACUUAAGAACCAGCAUCUCAGCCUUCCUCUCAAGUGCCGCGAAGGCAAUCUAAGCGAUCCCAUCGCCAUUAAGACUCGUUUAGGCUGGACAGUGUGCGGUGGAUGCAUGGCAGAACCUGCAAUCAGCCCGGUGCACUCCGUCUACCACAUCGGUUCUUGCGAGGACCAACACAGUUCAGAUGAGGAUCUACACCAAGUCCUCAAAGAUUACUUUGCGCUGGAUAGCUUGGGGAUUAUGAAGCCACAACACGCACCUAUCUCCGUCGAGGAUCAACGAGCACAUUCUCUUCUCAAUUCGCUCACGAGGUUCACAGGGGAACGCUACGAAACUGGCCUACUUUGGCGUUACGACACAGUACGUCUACCGGACAGCCGAGAGAUGGCUCUACGACGUUUCCAAUGUCUAGAAAAGCGUAUGCAGAAGAAUGAAACACUCACCAAAACGUUGAAGGAGAAAAUGGUGGACUAUCUGAGCAAAGGCUACAUACGGAAACUAUCUGAUGAAGAGUUGAGCCAAUCGUUUCAGCGUGUUUGGUAUCUUCCAGUGUUCCCGGUGACAAAUCCAAACAAGCCGGGAAAGGUGAGGAUCGUGUGGGAUGCAGCAGCCAAAGCAUUCGGAGUAUCACUGAACUCUGUGUUGCUGAAGGGCCCCGAUCAUCUUUCAUCACUAUUUACUGUGCUGAUCCGCUUCUGCGAGCAUCCUGUAGCUCUGACAGGCGACAUACGUGAAAUGUUCCACCAAGUGUUAAUUCGGGAUGAAGACCAGCAGAGUUUGCGGUUCUUCUGGAGAGAUGAGGAUGGACAGAUAGCAAUAUACGUAAUGUGCGUCAUGACAUUCGGUGCUUGCUGCUCUCCUAGCAGCGCCCAGUACGUGAUGAACUUGAAUGCUGCACGCUUCGAUCAGGAAUAUCCAGCUGCUGUGGAGGUAAUUAAGAAGCAGCACUACGUAGACGACAUGUUGGUGAGCGUAGACACCGAAGAAGAGGCCAUCAAGCUCGCUCAAGAUGUAAAGUUCGUACACUCGGAGGGUGGGUUCGAAAUCCGUAAUUGGACCAGUAAUUCUCUGCGCGUCCUAGAAGCCUUACGUGGAAGCAACGCUGAGGAGAAGAACUUGGACCUCUCACCAGAAAUGGCAACCGAAAAGGUGCUCGGGAUGUGGUGGUGUACAUCGGCAGAUGUCUUCACCUUCAAAGUCGGUUGGGACCGCUACGAUCGCGACCUGUGGGAAGGCCGCCGUCAGCCUACGAAACGGGAGGUUCUACGGGUCCUCAUGAGGAUAUUCGAUCCCCUUGGACUCAUUGCGCCGUUCCUAAUGUUCCUCAAGAUCCUGCUACAGGAAAUCUGGCGAAGCGGCAUCCAGUGGGAUGACAAGAUCGACGGCAAUGCCUUCGCCAAAUGGUGCAAUUGGCUGCAAGUCCUGCCCCAAGUUGAACAAGUCCGAGUAGCACGAUGUUUCCGCUCUCAUCUUCUUCCCGGAUACCAUGAUGUUCAACUGCACACGUUUGUAGAUGCGAGUGAGAACGGUAUGGCUGCCGCAUGCUUCCUGCGCUUCGAUCAGGCUGGAACUGUCCGAUGCUGCUUAAUUGCCGCCAAAACAAGAGUUGCCCCCUUGCGAUAUCAUUCGAUUCCACGGCUCGAGCUCAUGGCAGCAGUUAUUGGUACAAGGCUCUCCCAAACGGUCCUCAGCUCCCUGUCCUUCAACGUGAGCAAGCGAUUCUAUCACUCGGAUUCCAGGGAUGUGAUUUGCUGGCUGUAUUCGGACCAUCGUCGCUACACACCAUUCGUUGCCUGUCGAGUCGGUGAGAUCUUGGAGUCAACAGAACCGAACCAAUGGCGUUGGGUUCCAACCAAGUUAAACGUCGCAGAUGAUGGCACGAAAUGGGAGAAAUUCCCGGACAUGACUCCAGAAUCCAGGUGGUUCAUCGGGCCAGAUUUCCUGCGGGAACCGGAAGAAGCAUGGCCAUGUCAAAUAGCGAAAGGAAGCAAGACAGACACUGAACUUCGUCCCUGUCUGCUAACCCAUUUCACCGUGCCAGAUCCACCGAUCAACGUUUCCAGCUGGAAGCGGAUGGUCAAAGUAGCUGCCUUUGUGCAUCGUUUUGCGGCAAAUUGUCGCCUAAAGAAGCAAAAGAAACCUGUUCAUUGUGGUCCACCUUCCGCAGAGGAACUGCAGAUCGCCGAGCGCUACGUGAUACGCCAAGCCCAACGAGAAGCCUACCCGGACGAAGCAGCUAUUCUGAAAUCGGUGAACGGAUCGCCGAAGCCCAUUCCCAAGACCAGCCCGUUGUUUAAACUGACACCCUGGCUGGACGACCACGGACUGAUGAGGAUGCGGGGAAGAAUUAGUGCCUGUACGCUAGCCACCGAAGAUGCUAAAAACCCGAUUAUCCUCCCACGUGACCACCACACUACCAAUCUUAUUAUUGCACACUAUCACACUAAGUACCACCACCAAAACCAUGAGACCGCUAUAAAUGAGCUCCGACAGAGGUAUUGUAUACCUCGACUACGAGCGACCUACGCAAAAGUACGCUACAACUGCCAACACUGCAAAAAUCAUCGCGCAACCCCACAGCCUCCAAUAAUGGCCGAUCUUCCUCUAGAGCGACUUGAUGCCUUUGCUCGACCCUUCACCCAUAUUGGCGUUGACUAUUUUGGACCAAUCGAAGUCGUCGUAGGUCGUCGAGUGGAGAAACGGUGGGGAAUGUUGGUCACAUGCCUGACCACUCGUGCGAUCCACAUCGAAGUAGUACACACUUUGAGUACCGCCUCCUGCAUCAUGGGCCUCCGAAACUUUGCAGCACGCCGCGGAAUGCCCAAGACGAUCUAUAGUGAUCACGGUACCUGCUUCAUUGGCGCGAACCGCGAAUUGGGAGAGGCAGCAACGGCGAUCAACCAGGACGAGGUGAUGAAGGAGUUCAGCGGUACCGAGACCACCUGGAAGUUCAUUCCCCCAGCGUCGCCGCACAUGGGCGGCAGUUGGGAACGCCUUAUCGGUAUAGUGAAGCGGAACCUCAUGGAAAUCCGCCCCUUGCACAAGCCUAACGACGAAGUGCUACGAAACCUUCUAACCGAGAUCGAAUGCACUGUUAAUUCUCGGCCGCUUACACAUGUUCCGGUUGAUGAUGAAUCUGCACCUGCUCUCACCCCGAAUCACUUCCUCCUGGGGUCAUCCGACGGAACGAAACCGAUAUGUACCCUCGAUGACAGCGGAACAGCACUACGGCGGACCUGGCGAAUGUCUCAGCAGCUAGCCAACCAGUUUUGGAAACGUUGGCUAAGUGACUACUUGCCGGAGAUCACUCGACGAACGAGAUGGUAUGCGAACACGAAGCCGAUAGCGAUUGGCGAUGUGGUGAUCAUCGUUGAUCCGAAGCUGCCCCGGAACUGCUGGCCUAAAGGCAAGGUCAUCGGAACUUACAUCAACAAGAACGACAAUCAGAUCAGGGCGGCAACCGUAAGAACUGCGAACGGUGUGUUCGAGCGCCCUGUGGCCAAGCUGGCUAUAUUGGAUGUACGGCGCGACGGACUGUAA